CUACCUCCAUUGUCAAGAACCCUAAUAUUUCAAGUGGUAUAAACCCUAGCUAUAGAAUCGAUGAAAACGGCGCGGGAGGAAGACGAUGACGCUGGCCAGGACGAGAAUGCCUAUAGCAGGGCCUUCAGCAAGAUCAUCAAAUCGUCCUACAGCGACUCGCCUGGAAGCGCAGUGGGUCCAGUGUUAGCUGCUCGGAGGACGCUCGUCGCCAAGAAAUUGGCGGCGCAGGAGGAUGGGGCGGUGGCGGCGAAGAAGAAGAAGCCAAGCAAGCAAGAACAAGAGCGGCAUUUGCUUCCAGAAUCGUUUGUGAAUGCCAAGGAGAUGGCACUGAUCAAACUGGCCACCAGAGGAGUGGUAACUCUUUUCAAUGCGGUGACCAAGGCACAGAAGCUCCAGGCCGACUCCGAGUCUCUCAAGUCCCGGGAUGCCAAGACUGUGAUCAAGCAAAGCAAAGCAGCGUUCCUCUCAGAGAUAAACAACGCGAGAUCUCAACCGGAGGAUACUGAAUCUAGAUGGCCAGUUUUGCAAAACGAUUUUGUGCUCGGGAAGUCCAAACUCAAGAACUGGGACAAAGACAAGCCUGGUACCAGUGACGAUGACAACGACGACGAUGAUAAUGGGACCGAUGACGAGAUGUAAUCGAAAACUUGUUCUUCGAGCGGUAUUGGAAUCCAAUCUUCUUCUUUUUUCUGCGAA